AUGGAUUCCAAAGAUCGUCAUGAGGACAAGGUCCUUGACGAGAGCAUUGGCGAGAGUUACCCACGAAAUGAGUUUGAAGCUUACCAGUCUCCCGAACCACCCAAUCUCUGGAAGGUGUUCAAAAGCCAAGUGACAACCCGUGAAGGCUGGUGGGGCGACUUUGAUUGGAUGAGCAUGUGCUUGCCAUCAGUCUUUGUAAAGAAGGAAAAGCGACAUACACCUUUUUGGGGCCUCAAUAGUCGAUUGCCAUUGGGUUUGGCUGCAGUGAUGGGAUUUCAACAUUCUUUGGCUAUGGUUUCAGGUGUCGUAACUCCAAUUCUCAUCAUGACCGGUGAAGGAUCCACAGCUUUCAAUCUUGAUACGGCCGAUCAACAAUAUUUGCUCUCAGCAGCUUUGAUUGCAUCUGGUUUAUUGUCUCUGAUUCAAAUUACCCGUUUUCGCCUUUUCAAAACCAAUUACUAUCUUGGCACUGGUUUGCUAUCCGUUGUUGGUCCUAACUUUGCUUCCAUUGCUGCUGUUAGUGCGGUGGCUUCUCAAAUGUAUUCUUCUGGAUAUUGCCCUACCGAAAUAUUGGAUGAUGGUACUACUCGCUAUUUACCUUGUCGUCAUGGAUGGGGAGCAAUUCUCGGCACAUCCAUGGUAUGCUCCUUAUUUGAGAUUGCAGUCAGCUUCUUGCCACCGAAGGUGUUGAAGCGUAUCUUCCCUCCCAUGGUGAGCGGUGUCACUAUCUUUUUGAUUGGUUGUUCUGUUAUCAGCAAUGCAUUGAAGGAUUGGGCAGGUGGUUCAGGCUCUUGCGCUUCCAUGCCUGAUACUGGUUAUUACUCCUUGUGCCCCAAUGUUGAUGCACCACAUGCUCUUCGAUGGGGUAGCGCCGAAUUCAUUGGUCUUGGAUUUUCCGUUUUUGCAACGAUUGUCCUAGUGGAGAACUUUGGAUCAUCCUUUAUGAAGAGUGCUCAGAUUGUGCUUGGUCUUAUUGUCGGCAUGAUUAUUGCAGGUGCCACUGGUUACGUGGAUGGAUCUUCUAUCGAUACAGCUCCUGUUGGCACAUUCAUAUGGACAACUACUUUCCCUAUUACUAUCUAUGGACCGGCAGUGAUCCCGUUCCUUAUUGUAUACCUCGACAACAUCCUUGAAAGUCUUGGUGAUAUCACAGCAUCAUGCGACGUCUCUGGUGUUGAAGUGGAUGGUCCCAUGUUCUCAAGUCGUGUUCAAGGUGGCUUGCUUGCUGAUGGUAUUAAUUCAUUGAUUUCAGCUUGCAUGACUAUUAGUCCAAUGGUCACCUUUGCCCAAAACAAUGGUAUCGUCGCAUUGACGCGUUGUGCCAAUCGUAUUGCCGGCUACUUUUGCUGCUUUUACAUUUUGUUGUAUGGAAUCUUUGGAAAGGUGUCGGCGACCUUUUUGGCUAUCCCCAGCCCAGUGCUUGGUGGAAUGAAUGCUUUCCUUUUCGCAUCGGUCACUGUAUCGGGUAUUCGUAUUCUUGCAUAUCUCAAAUGGACGCGUCGUGAUCGUUUCAUUGCCACAACAGCUCUUGCGCUUGGUUUGGGUGUGACUCUAUGUCCAGGCUGGUUCUCGCACGUGUUUACCUACAGUGGUCCCAAUCAGGCGUUACAAGGUUUUCUCAAUGCUGUGGUGACAGUGGUAGACACCGGCUAUUGUGUGGGCUCGUUGAUGGCCAUCUUUUUAAAUUUGGUUGUGCCACACGAGUGGGGUCCACAAACGCUGCAACAAGAAGAGGAGGAGAAGAAAAAGGAACGUGAAGCCAUCCGUGAAGGUUUCAUGCGCACGAAUGAGCUGGAUGAGCAGGCCUCCGCUAGCACUUUGCCUUGCAGCAGCCCGGAACCUCGUCAUCAUUAA